GCUUCCCACAUCAUAAAAUCAUUCGUACGCGUCUAAAUUCGAAAUUCUGAAUUCGAAAUUUCGAUUCACAUUGCAAUUUAGAUUGAUACGUGAACCUUAUAUGACGUAUAUUGUCUGGGUAAUCCCAGAUUCACGUUUUUUUCGGCGGAAAAACUAUGGAUACGCGCGUUAUCUAAUCUAAUCGAUAAGCAACUCAAUAAAUUGUUCGAUCGUCCAUUAUCUUAGCCAGUGGGCAGCAUGGCUUCCUUCGUACUGGUAGUGGCGCUGAUGUUGGGAGUGGUUUAUGGUGAAACGGAGACCACGUUGAACUCUUAUCAAAACGUGGAGUGGGUGAGUUACAGUUUAACCGGGCGAAUAGUGAAUGGAACCAAGGCGGCACUCAGACAGUUCCCUUAUCAGGUGUCGUUGAGGCGCAGCUACAACUCCGCACACUUCUGCGGAGGAUCACUGAUAGGCGAACGGCAUGUCCUCACCGCAGCCCAUUGCAUGUACCUCUAUGGCUCUGUAAUACAACCAUGGUCGAUCAUGGUCGUUGCUGGAGAAUUGAAGCUCGAUAAACAAACUUCCACUGGUCAGAGAAGAGGGGUGCAGAAGGUUGACGUUCAUUCAGAGUUCGAUACAGAUACUCUGCAGAACGAUGUUGCAAUACUCACUCUUAGUGUGCCUUUUAAGAUGACGGAUGAGGUGAACAUCGCACCUCUAGCAACUGAUACAAGCGAACCGAAUACAUAUUGUGAGGUGGCUGGAUGGGGUUAUCCGUCGGAAGAUGAUCGAACGGUAAGCAAUCAUCUUAUGUACGUGAGUCUGCCAUUACUGAAAGUCGAUACGUGUCGGGAACUUUUGUCACACGUGACGGACAUGCUGCCAGGAAUGAUGUGUGCUGGAUUCAUGGAAGGGCAAAAAGAUGCUUGCGGGGGAGAUUCUGGAGGUAGUCUGACUUGCCAGGGGAUGUUAGCCGGUGUCGUUUCCGGUGGAGAUGGUUGCGCCCGUCCUCGAGUACCUGGUGUUUAUUCGGACGUCGCUUUCUUCCGGAAAUGGAUAGAUGAACACACAGAAUCGUCUGUUGUGCUCGAGGCUAACACGUCUAGUGGAGAUAAAACGGCCAACGCAUCCUUUUUACCUUUUGUUGUUCUUUCCAACAUGUUACUAAAACGCCUUUAAGAUGUAAUUUUUAAUUUAGUUUUCCGGUGAUAGUUAUAAGAAAUAUAUAUAUAUCUCUUAAUAAAUAAAAAAAAUAUAUAAGUAUAUGCAGGGUGUCCAAGUAUUGACGGUACAACCGUGAUGGGAAUGAUUCUACACGAGAAAAUAAGUUGAAAAUAUGGAAUAAAUUUUUUUCAUUCGAGGCUUUGUGUUCGAAAAAAUCAGCUUUGAAUUUUCUUUGAGUACGCAUACACUUGUGAGAAACUCAGUUGUGUAUGCAGUACGGUGGUCAACAUUUUCAACAAUUUGUGCAUUAAUACUUUCAACUUAUUUUCUCAUGUAGGAUCAUUCCCUCUAUGGUUAUGCCAUCAAUACUGGGACACCAUGUGUAUAAAAAGAAAAAAAAGAAAAAAUAAAGAAAGAAAAAGAAAAAAAAAACAUUGAAAUAUGUAAAGAAAAAAAAAGAAAAAAAUAUAAUUUGACUAUCGGUCUUCAGUUAGGACCAACGUCGUUCCCUGCCCGUUUCCUACCCAUGAGGUAAAAUUGUGCCACAUGAAGUAUGACGUUUUCAACCCUUUCAUCGCGACCCCUCGAAACUGGUGGCUGGCAGGUUCGAUUAUUUAACCGGCUAGACGUGUACGGUGGAUGACUUUUCGGCGGUUAGCUCGCUUUCACGGGCAAAGGCCACGCCAGAAAUGGGAACGUAGAACGCAAAGGGAGGCCGUGUGUUCCGCUUUGAUCUCGAAUGGAAAAGCCUCCGUGUAAAGGGAGACGCGCAAAAAGCUCGUCGCUACUUAAUACGUGGCUCGACAGGAUGAUUGUAGCUCGAGAAAACGUGUAUUAACGGUAUUGCCUGGUAACCAAACGUCGAUGAUGUUUGAAGGAUAUCGCGUUCCACGAUUCCGGAACGUUUCCGCUGAACGUCACCGAUCUUCAAAGGAACGCCGGGCUCGAGAUAUUAUAAGAAAAUAUUUGUCCACGCCUAGGCGAAGGGGAAACGUUGCGAAGAACCUACGAACCCAGCCAAUUACUAGAUCGCUGCUGAAGUAAUGGGGGUCUUCGUGGAAUGAAGCAGAGAAUGCGACAGGGGUGGAACGAUCGAUCCCGACCUUCUUAUUGCGAUUGCUGUUGUUUUUCCAGGAAAAAAUCAAUUUCUACCAUUAAUCGUGAUUCGAAAUGUUCGACAUAGUCUGCGAAAUUUUAAGUAUUUGUGGUAAGAAUUAAUUCUAGCGGAAAAUUAUUUACUAACUGUCUUCGGGUUGAUGGAACUUAUUACAGCACGUUGUAAGAUCAAUUAUAAGCAUGAUCGAAACAUCA